UCUGGUUAAUAUAAAGCAUCGAAACAGUUGUGUAGUUAGUAUUAGGAAAAGGAAGAUGUGGCAACACAAAAUUAAUCAUUUAACGGUAAUUUGCACCGCUAGUCUAUUACUAUGGGGUUACACAUCAGGGCGUCCAGCAGCAAGCAUGGAAGCUCUUGAAACAUUGCAAGAUGCAAUUGCUAGAUUUGAGUUGAAUAAUAAAAGAGAAUCCUUGGGUGACGUCGACUGUUCAAUGGAAGAAGUUGAUAGUUUGGAAUGCCAACAGCAACGUCAUCGUACACGUAUUACAAGAAUUAUCACGCACCUGAGAAACCCUAAUCAGAGAGACAUAUUUCAGCGGCCAUCUUUCAUCCAGGAGAGGGGUAUCUUCAAAACGCAGCACACUAAAAACCUAGGUGGCUUUAGAACGUUCCAGGAAUCAAGCAAAGACAAUAAACCUAUGGAAACUAUUAAAAAGCCUAAACACGAGUUCAAGGACCGCAAUGAGGCCAUAGGAGAGUCGACAAAGCGCGAAGCACCAAAGCGGAUCCACUGUCCAUCAUGGAUGAGCAAUGUGAUGUGCUACAGUUACAUUAUGUUGAAAUUGCGACCGUAGCAAUAUACUAUUAAUUGUUACAUUAUGUUGAAAUUAGGGUCGAAGCAAAUCAUAAUUAACACCAAUCCUUAGAGUCAAGUGUUUCCGUAGUCCUAAAUAGUUAAAGAUAGAGAAGUUUAUUUCAGAUACUUACCUAUUUUAUUAGUUAUCUGUGAGAAACUGGGCUUAAAAUAUGAAAAAGCUGAACCUAUGAAUUUUGUUGACUUUCUGACCAUGUGGAACGUUACUUCUAGAAUAAACUGUUAUUAACUUUGGGAAAAAUGUAGUUGUCCAUCUCAAAGAAAUGUGUUUAAUAUGAAAACUUAUUCAUUUACAGUAUGAUAAAUUGGAUAUUUUUGUAACAUUUUAAGAAAUUGUAUAUGGAAAGUAUCCAUGAUAAAUCUAGCAAAUCAAAUAACAACUUCUUAUAAUACUUUAUAUUUCAGACCAAGCUGCCUUUAAAUAUGUAUGGAGUAUGGCACAAUUAAACAAGAUUGUUGUAUUUGUAACUGUUACAAUAUUUACAAUAUUUGACAGAGAAUGUGCCAGGAGCACCAAUACAGAUUGAAA